AAUCACCUCUGGGUUUUUAAUUUUUUGCUAAACAAACCAAAAAAACUGAAAAUUAAGAAAAAAAAAAGUUUCUUCUUAGUUUUUGUUAUAAAAUUUUGUAAAUAAGUAAUUUUUCUCCUUCACUGAUGUGCCCUAAUGAGGCUGCAGUGAUGGGCACUGAUAGGCGGCACUGACUGGCACUGUUAGGUGGCACUGACUGGCACUGUUAGGCGGCACUGAUAGGCAGCACUGACGAGCACUGAUAGGCA